CUUUCACAAUCCCUCAAAUUCCUGUCCGUUCCGUGUGAUCAAUUUACGACAGUCGUCACCUCCAAUAUGGCGUCCAAGCAGACUCUUCAAUCGAGAUAUAAACUGCUCUCCGGUCAUGAGAUUCCAGUCUUGGGAUAUGGGGUGUAUAUGAUACCCCCUGCUUCGACUGAAAAGGUCACCUUGGAAGCACUCAAAGUGGGAUUCCGACAUGUCGACUCUGCCAUUAUGUAUCGCAACGAAAAGAGUUGCGGCCGAGCCAUUCAGAGUUCAGGACUCGACAGAUCUGAGAUCUUCUUUACGACCAAGAUCCCCCCCGAAUUAAUGGGCUACGAAGGCACCAAGCGGGCCGUUGAUUCGAGUCUCCGCACUGCAGGACAAGAGUAUUUCGAUCUCAUCCUCAUCCACGCCCCCUACGGUGGCAAGGCAGCCCGCCUCGGUUCCUGGCGCGCUCUCGUCGAAGCCCAGAAAGCAGGCAAGACUAGAUCUAUCGGCGUGUCCAACUUUGGCAUCCACCACCUGGACGAGCUGGAAGCGUACAUCCAAAGCGGAGGCGGCGGGGAGAUCUCGGUAGGCCAGUACGAGUUACAUCCGUGGCUGGAUCACUCGGAUAUCGUAGAGUGGUGCCAGAGUCGGGGCAUCGUUGUCGAAGCGUAUUCUCCGCUGGCACAUGGGACGCGGUUCCGGGAACCGGUGCUCAGGACUAUUGGGGACAAGUAUAACAAGUCGCCGGCGCAAGUGAUGAUUCGGUGGAGUUUGCAGAUGGGAUUCGUUCCAUUGCCGAAAUCUGUGACUCCUCUGCGCAUUCAGGAGAAUUCGGAUGUGUUUGAUUUUGAAUUAUCGGAGGAGGAUAUGAAGCUGUUGGAUACGGGCGAGUAUAGUCCUACCGACUGGGAUCCCACCGUGGAUGACGAUUAGGGUAAAUAGUCGCUUCAUGAGGAAAUCGAGGUGUAUUACUCCUAGACAAAUUAAAAAAAAAAAUUGGCAUUGUCAAAGUAAAGCGUCGAAUCGCGUGGAGCCG